CAGACCUCCCAGAGCGGAAGUGGAGGAGCAGCCGGAAGUAGCUAGAGUCUCAGGCGGAGAGACAGGCUGACGGGCUUUGACAGGAGCCGGAGCUGCGCAGAGGAGUUGGUGGCCAUGGAGUUGGGCGAGCUUCUCUACAACAAGUCCGAGUACAUCGAGACGGCAUCUGGGAACAAAGUUAGUCGCCAGUCGGUACUGUGUGGAAGUCAGAACAUCGUUCUCAACGGCAAGACCAUUGUGAUGAAUGACUGUAUUAUUCGAGGGGAUCUGGCAAAUGUAAGAGUUGGACGUCAUUGUGUCGUGAAAAGUCGGAGUGUCAUAAGGCCACCAUUCAAGAAAUUCAGCAAAGGCGUUGCAUUUUUUCCUUUACAUAUUGGGGACCAUGUCUUUAUCGAGGAAGAUUGUGUGGUCAACGCAGCUCAGAUCGGCUCUUAUGUUCACGUUGGCAAGAACUGUGUGAUUGGGCGCCGGUGUGUGUUGAAAGACUGUUGCAAAAUUCUCGACAACACAGUAUUACCCCCAGAAACUGUGGUCCCACCAUUCACCGUCUUCUCAGGCUGCCCAGGACUCUUCUCAGGGGAGCUCCCAGAAUGUACCCAGGAGCUGAUGAUUGACGUCACCAAGAGCUACUACCAGAAGUUUUUGCCCUUGACACAGGUCUAAUGUCUCUGCCUUGUGUCCCGAAUUCGCUUGAGCUCUAAGAUGAACUUGGGGACAAAGUGAGCCAGUCAGCAUCUACAAAGAGCUCUUGUGUCUUUGACACCUCCCACCCUCUUUCUUUCUUUUUUUUUUUUGGUUUAAUUCUUUAGAGUUUCUCAAUCCUCCCAGGCUCUAAGCUCUUAAGACUUUAAUAACAGAACGUCUGGAGGAGUUGUCUCCAAAUGCUGUGCUUAAACCGUAUCUAUUAACAGUCACUCCGUACCAUUAUGUGUGGAACACGGACUCAUCUGUUUCCAGCACUCCCACCCCUUGGUCCUGUGGGUGGCUGGAUGGAGCAGGGCAUUCUGUCGUAGUGGGGAGGUUGUGAUGCUCUUGUGCUGCCCAUGGCCAUGAGCUACCACAGUGAGCUCUGCUCACAGGGAUCACUCUCAGCUUCCCUGCUGCUCACACAUUUGACCAGUUGCCACAGCUGCUCAUAAUCUGGAAAAAAAAGUGUUUUGCGACUUUUCAGAGCCCAGAUUCCUGUUGGCUACUAAAACUUGAAGGGAGGGUGGUUAGUAUUUCUCUUCUUUCCAGAGUGACCUGAACUGUCAUUUUAAUUCAGGGUGACUAAUAAAAGACUUUCUAGCAUCUAUUCUAGGGCCUUGGCUUUCACUAAAAGGGGGGCCCUUAGCAUCCAGAUUUUAUUUUUGCAGGGUCCCAGGUUUGAGUCUCCCACGUGGGAGGACUAGUCUGGCAGCCACUCCUUGCCUCAUGGUGUUUGGGGACAGCAGUAUAUGCCUCAUUUCACUGGAGAUGUAGCAUUUGUGACACUUGCCCCCUGACCUAAAACCAUUCAACCCACCCUUUCUUUGCCAUAAACCUCACAGUUCAGACCAAAAUAUCUGUACUUGGGCCCAAUCUCAUAUGUACAUGGGGGCCACUUAAAAUCAUUCUGGGGGCACAGAGCCCCAAGGAGUAAACGAAGUUGCCAGGGCCAUUCUUAUCUUCUGGGUAAUAGCACAACCCUUCCUGUUCUGCUCUGGCCUCUUGGUUUAGUAGGAAGAUACAGGAGUGAAGACCUGAGAAGGCUGGCCUUGCUUGAAGCUCUGAUGCUGUUGUGAAUGGGGUAGGACAGUUUAGCCUUGAAGGUUAGGAUCUAGCAGCAGCUGUCUUGACUUAAUAUCUGGUUAUGGGGUUUGCAAAAAGAGCUGUAUGUAGUCAUCUCUGCGAGUUCAAUGUAAAACUGCUUUCUGGUCUGUCAUUUUUUAUGUUUGUACCUUAAAAGAUUGACACGUGAAGCAAGUCAUUUGAAGGUGAACCCUGUCUACCUCCAGCGAUGGCAGCCUCUCUUGGGCACUUCACUGUGUGCCUGGUGCCCUUCUGCGGGCUUUAUGUUCACCUGCCUACCUAGGGCUCACACCAGCCCUGUAAGCUGGACGUUAUCCCCACUUUACUGAUGAGGAAAAAAUUCAAAGAUAUGAGAUAACUUGUUCCAAUCUUCGUGGUGAAGAAGUGGCUGACCCAGCAGUCACAUGCACGUGUACAUGUCUGCCUGGCUCUGCAGCCCACGCUCUUCAGGUCUGCCCUGGUACGAGGGGACAGUCUGCUGUGUCCUGUCUGAUACCAGCAGUCUGUGAUGGUUGCAGCUUUUUGGGGAGCCAUAUCCCCGAGCUCCCUUCCUCUUUUGUGCCACCAAAAAGGUGGAUCUUGUAGUUGGCAGAGCUUAGAUGUGCCCUAGGCUAACCUUUUGCUUCCUAGAGAAAUCUUCCAGGGCGUGUCUGACAGAUUCCCUUCCAGCCUGUGUUUGAAUACCUGCAAAAGGAAGCUUGCCACUUUAUACGACUAACUGUUUGUUUUCUUUUUAAAUUUAUUUAUUUAUUGAGAUAUAACUGACAUAUAAGCUUUUGAUUGUCCAUUUUGUUGGUGAACAACCAAAAUUAAGAGAAAGUGGGGUGUUUUUUUUCUGAGUCUUUUAAAAAUCUUUAAGUAAUUUGAGUACAUGAUUCCAAAAAUCCAAUCCAGUUAGUAAAGAAGGGAGCUACAAUGAAGUAGAUUUUCUCAACCCAGAAUCCAGUCCCAUGUUCUACUUCCCAGGGGCAACUAUUCAGAACAGUUUUCGAUCUGUCCUACCAGUGGUUAGUCUGCGCUUGGCACGAGCAGAUACACACAUACACACCAACCUCUGUAUUCAUACAGAUGCGAGCACAUGCUAGAUGUGCUGUCCUGCACCUUGCUGCUUUUACUUAACAGUACCUUAGAGAUUGUUCCAUUUUGACACAGACAGGUGAUAAAAAUAACAAUUGUUAACAUUUAUGGUGUUUACCAUGUACCAGGUACUCUUCUGAGUUCUUUACCUUUGUUAGUUCCUUUAAUCCUCACAAUAACCGUGAGGUAGGUCCAGUUUUCCUCCCCAAGGAACAGAGGUAAAGUAAAUUGCCCACACUUCUACAGCUAAGGUGAUGGUGAAUCCAGGCAUUCUGGCCCUAGAGCCCAUACUUUUAAUCAUUAUGCAGGAAUCCCUCCGUGUUCUAAUACCUUUCAUUGCCCAGAUUGGAUCAUUUGGCUAGCCCUUGCUGUACAGAAAGCAUUUUCAGGCAGGCAAGGAAAAGGGGUUUGGGAAUGGGUAUUGCUGACCCAUCCGGCAAUGUCUGCCACAGGCAGGAAACCCAGUGCUCCCUCUGAGAAGACUGUCUCCUUGCUAUGGGCCCUGUUGUCUUGCAGCUACAAUUGUGAUCUGACUAGUUAAAUGGGAGCCAGUUUCUUGGGAGAAUUAUCCUGCUUGCAGCCAUUAAAUUGCAUCAUACGGUUCUGUACCACAUGGUUGGCACUCUAUAAAGGAACACAGAAACUAGACUAGACAAAAAUCCAAUUAGAACGCUUGUUGCAAGUGGCAGAAAUCCAGCUUGAACCAAUUUAAGCAAAAAAAGGGGCUUUAUUGGCUUACACAACAAAUCACGGAAAAGACUAGCUUGAGAAGCAAUGUAAUGUGAACCCUGGGCAGGUUACUUAAUCUGUCUGUGCCCUCCCACUGUAAGCUGUACAGUAGGAAUGACAGUAGCACCCCAUAGAGUUGGAAUGGAUUAAAUGAGGUACUACAUGUAAACAUUGUGGGCAGUUCCUGGCACUUAGAAGCACCCCAUAAGUGAUAACUUAUCAUUGCAGGGACAACUAUAUCCAGAGAUUUAAACCCCAUCAGGGCUCUUUGCUUUUAUAUCUUUUUCACCUUCACAUUAGUAGAGGUAUAGAUUGGGCUGCGAACCAUCAAAAUACAGAAGAUUAUUUGAAUACGAAAGAGAAGGUUAUUUGUCACUCACCUAACAGUGCAGCAAUAGGCAGGUGGUCCAGGGAAGGUAGGAGGCUGGGCUCCGCAAUGUCCUCAGGCACCCAAGUUUCUACUGUCUUGUCAUGUGGCCACAUUUAGCUGCAAGAGAGGCUGUAAAUUUAGUGUCUAGCUGAGCAGCCAAAACUCUGCGGAAGGAGGUUCUGGUAGUAGAAGGAGAGGGAGAGAGUGGACAUGGGGAGACAGCAAGCUGACUCCCCCAGGCCUGUGUGUUGGCUUCCUUUUCUGCUGCUGCAAGUGGGCUUUCUCCAUGCAUCGGGGCACGUGGCAGCUGACAGCUCCAGGUUUGCAUCCUCCCAGCUUGGUGACCCUGAAAGAAAGGUUUCCUCCCUCCAGUUCUAAUUUGGAAAAUUCCAGAGAAAGUUUCUUACUGAUUUGUCGUGAGCCCACUGUGGCCAAGAGUGUGUGGCCCUAUGAUUAACCUGAUCUGGGUCAUGACCUUUCCUCCAUCCCCGCAUUGUAGAAAAACAGCAGAGCCCAUUUCCAAAACAAGGUGCUGGGCAGACAAAAACAAUGGCUACUACGAAUAGCCAAGGAGUCUAUAAUUAUGGACUGAUACUGUUUGAAAGUGUGUUGACAGUCGUGUGUAUCCUAGGAAAAGCCAGCUGGACUCUGUCUCCAUGGUGGCUCUCACCCCAGGGACAGUCUGUCACCAGACAAUUAUAACCCCAGAGAAGAGAGUCACUUUGUCCUCAGAGUACUCCCAGAAGAGUGGGGAUGGAAGAGACCUUGGUUGGGACUCUUUCCAGUUGGCUUAGGGCAGAGAGGGGAUUAUUGGCUCACGUAGCUGAUAAGGCCAAGUCUAGAGCUGCCUUUGCGCUGGAUCCCAGCACUCACAAUAGCGUCAUCAGGGACCUGUCUCUCUUCAGCUCUUGACUCUGCUUUCCUCUGAGUUGGCUUCAUUCUCAAGCCUUCACAAUGUGAUGCUGCAGCUCCAGUUAUCGGUAGAAAGAGCUCCCCUUCUCUGACAGAACCCCUGGACCUGGCUCUCACUGGUCCAGAUUGGAGGUAUCCAGCCUCAAGUAACCACUGUGGCCAGGAAGAUGGAAUACACUGAUUGACUGGGCCUGGGGCACAUACCCACAUGGACUGAGAGUUGGUGCCUGGUGGCUGUGGUGGGGGUGAUUUUACCAGAAGAGAUGAAUGGGUGCCAGGCAGGAAAAAUCAUCAGGUGUCUAGUUCAGACCUUUUCCCCUUCUCCAAAUGUCUUCUUUGCCCAGCCUUAUCCUCUGCCCAAUCUGUCACUACUCUUGGUCUUGGGGAGUACCUCCUGAGGGGUACCUGGGCCUGGAUUGGGGGCACAGAGAGGAUGUUACUUAGCCCAAGUGGAGUGUUCAAUCAAGAGCCAUUUGGAGGAUACUCCUCUGCCUGGAACUGCUUCCUCGUGGGCCCCCCAGCACCUUGUGGAAGGGCCCUUGUCAACGUCUCGGUAGAAUUCUAGUUAACGUGCCUGUGCUCUUGUCUGAGCCCAUGCUAUCUGGGAGCUCCUGAGGAGGCAGGCGUGAGCCUGUGUGUAUCCGGCACAUACUUCAUGGGCUGAUUACCUGGAUGUGAGUCCCCCUACCCCUGGUCCCCACCCUACCCCAGAUAAGUCUCACAUUGCAGGAUCCUGGGUGCAGGGGACAGGUUGAACAAUUGACUUGUGAGCCUCCUGUUGACCGAUUCUGUUUCACGUGGCUGCACAGGGCCCUUGUGGUUGGUUGGGAUCUGUGGUGGCUUCUGAAUUAGUCACUUCUGCAUGAGCCAGUUCACUUAGAGCCAAGGCCACAGUGCCUUUCUUAGUGACUCUGGCCCAUCUGGGUGAUGACAGACUUGAAAUGAAUCAGACAAACAUUGCUCCUAUUAACACAUCCUUGGAAGUUUCUCAGCUAUAAAGCGGCGAUCUUGGUGGCUAGGGAACCCUCCCUUGGUGUCUUGGUCUGGCUGGUGCAAGCCCACAGUGUGUGCAGAACAUGGAGCUCCAGCCACGUUCUUACUCACCCUCAGCCAUUUGCCAGGACAGAUUGCAUCUAACAAAACUGGGUGGUCACAUCUAGCUGGCUGAUAUCCUAGAGGUAGCUGCUGUGGAGCUGCAAGACCCCUGCAAUGGCAUUGGCAAUGUCGGGACAAUGUGUUCAGAGGCCUGGUUAUUUCAGAACAGGUGUCGGCAAAAUGUCCUGCCAGCUUGGACCAGUUCCCAUAAGUCCAUGAUCACUGAAACACUUCUAGAGCCCCAGUGAUGGGGCUGUGUUUUUGUAGAAUGUGUACUUGCUGCCCCUUGGGGCUAGGAGGGGGGCGCCCUGACCACAGGCUACAUCACUCAUUUAUUCAUUUAACAAAUACUUACUGAGCCACUACUGAGUGCCAGGCACUGCCCUACUGGAAAGUAAGACAGAGCCAGUCCCUGCCCAUAGGGAUCUUACAGCUUAGCCCAGGAAACGAAACAGUUCUCCGAUGGAGGCCUGAGGGGCCCUUCUUGAGGGUCACCAUAGUGGUGAAGAGUGUGGGUGCUGGGGGCAGCAGAUCAAAUCCCACCCUGCUGUUUUCUAGCCCUGUGACUUUGGGCAAGUUAUCUCACCUUGUGGAACCUCAGAUUUCUCAUCCUUAAAAUGGGGAAGAUGUGUAGGGGUCAUUAUGAUGCUUAAAUACAUUCGUACAUGUGACGCAUGAGUACGGGCUCAGGGUAAGCACUCAGUAAAUGGUAGUUACAACUAUUAUUAUUAAGAAUGAUACACCUUAUAGUAUACUGGUGUACUAUACUAUUAGGUAUACCUUAUACUAUUGAUAUUAUUAGAAAGUGAAACUAUUGUAUAAGGUGCAGCAUUCCUAUAUAUAUAUAUAUUUUUUUUUAAUUAAAAGUGAAAUUUAGACCAUCUUUCCCUUUAUAAUCAGUUCACCACAAAGAGGAGUUGGGGAAAAGAAUUGACCCUUCCUUGUUUUGCAUCUAUGGGGUGCCAGGCACUUAUUAGAAAACAUUUACUCCUCCCAACUGUCAAAAAAGUAGGGACUUUUACAACCCAUUAUACAGACGAGGGAGCCGAUCUUCAGAGAGGUUAAGAAAAUUUGCCCAGUGUCACACAGCUAAUAAAUGGCUGAGCUGGAAUCAAUGCCAAGUCUUAUCUGACUACAAAGUCCAUGUUUUAUGCAGCAAAGCACUUGGCCCUGAGGACUGCACUUUCUGCUCUGUCGGUGUUAGUCCCUUGCUUUCCUGAAGUUUUUGCUGGCGGGUUGGCCGCACCUGCUUUCAUUAUGCAUUCUGACUUGGACCCUGAAGUGAGAAGAGGUAGCACAGGACAUCCUGCUUCCCCGAGGAGACUAAAUAGCUUGUUCUGUAUCUCCAAGGCCAUUGGGCAUCAGGCACAUGGUUCGUGCAUAUGAAAAUCAUUCAAGAAAGAUACACAGGAAUGGAGUCCACACCUCUGGCUUUCAAACCUUAGGUCGAAGCCCGUGGGUUUUCUUGGCCCUGCCAACUUGUCUCUUCAGCUGCAUUCAUCUCAGCCUUUGGUGUCUGCUGGGUGCACUUUCUGGUUUUUGAUGGAAGUAGCAAAAGUCUGAGGUAGCAGUAUGGCCAGAGGAGAGGGGAGAACAAGGAAAUAUGAGAGACCCAGGAACUGAAAAGUCCUGUUGAACACUCUUGAGCUCCCUGGGAAUAGGUACAGGUUCUUUUUAUUUCAGUAGUAAUAAUAAUAAUAAUAAACAACAACAACAACAACAACAACAGCCAUGUGCUUGGUACUGUUUGAAGUACUGUCCUCAUAGAAUCUCUUCACAAAAACCCUAGGAGAUAGGCAUGUCAUCUCCUAGUUGGAAUCCUAGGAGAUGGGCACAGUAAUUAUCCCCAUUUUAUAGACCUGGAAAUUGAGGCACAGAGAGGUUAAGUCACUUGCCUGAAGUCACACAGCGUUUGAACCCAGGGUUUCUUUAGUUCAUGAGUUUAACCAACACAUUGUAUUUGCUUUUUGGUAGGAGUGAGUGAGCAAGUGAGCGAGUGAACCAAAUGAGUCUGGGAUUUGGUUCUUGCCAGAACAACAAGGCCCUGAGAGGCAGUGUGCAGACAGGUGUGCUUUGGAGUCAGCAGAGUUGGGUUGUAAUUCAAGCUCUGCUAUCUCCUGGCUACAUGACCUUGGGCAAGUAACCUAAUGUAGAAGUGCUCAUUUCCUCAUCUUCAAAUGGGAGUAGUAAUCCUUUUCUUCUAGGGUCUUUGUAUGGCUUAAAUGAGAUCAUCUCUGUAAAGCUCUUAGCCCCGUGCCUGGCUAUAGUAAGUCCAUAGGGCUCACUGUUAGUAUUAUUAUUACUGGUACCAUGCAAAUAGAUUGUAUUAACAUGGCACACUUGCAACUAUAUAAAAUUGAAAGUCCAUGUUGACAAGGACUAGAAGGGAAUAUGAAAACAGCUGUUAAAGGAUGAAAGGGAAUUAAAGUUUCUUCAGUGCUUCAUCAUUUUUUUAGUAAAUGUUCCUAAAUGGAAUAAAUAAAACAUGCAUGCAGUGGGUACUCAACAGACCUUUGAAUGUAUGAAUGAAAAACACUCUAACUUUAAAAAUUUUUUUAAUUUUGUUCGGCUGCGCUGCAUGGCUUGCGGGACCCUAGUUCCCCGACCAGGGAGCGAACCCGCAUCCUCAGCAGUGAAAGUGCUUUCCCAACCACUGGACCACCAGGGAAUUCCCUAACUUUUUUUUAAUUGGUUGAAUCCACUCCUUAAAAAUCAUACCUUAUGAUAGUGGAUACCCUUGAGGGGUUGUAAUUGAAAGGGGGCCUGUGCAGAAAAGAGUUAACACUGCAGGCCUGUAAUGAUAACCCUAUAAAUGCUGAAUUUCCUACUAGGGGUUUGUGUAAAUUUGCAAUGAGAGAAAAAGGGAAGUUUUUUAAAAAUGGCUUUGUAUUUUGUGGUUCUUGUAUCUGGAUAUAUGAUAAAAUUGAUUUAAAAUGUUA